GUUGCCAUCUAAAUUGAGUCACAAGCUAGGCUAUAUUUUAUAUCAAAUUAAAAACCCAAUCAUUGAUGAUAAACCUCAAGUUCGUUCGUUUGUUGAGCAAUGAGCAGCUACAACAAACAACACACUCCAAUGGCGACCUCUCAGCUCACUGCAUCAACGAUUUCUGCCAAGAACUUGCCACAUCCCUUGAAGGGUUUCGACCUUCAGCUCUUCAGUUGACACUUUCACUCAAAGCUGCUACUGUCUUCGCCCCCAAGCGCACUGCUAUUAAGCCACUGGGUGAUAGAGUACUGGUAAAAAUUAAGGAUGCCGAAGAGAAGACUGUCGGUGGGAUUUUACUGCCUACGACUGCUCAAACAAAGCCUCAAGGAGGUGAGGUGGUUGCUGUUCGAGAAGGGAAGUCAGUUGGGAACAACAAAGUUGAUAUUAGUGUGAAGGGACUGAGGUGGAGUAAAAUGGUUCAAAGCAUCUUAUUCAAAGUAUGCAUUUCUCCUAUAUCCAUUCAUGUUCCACACUGCGUACCCUCUUCCAUCGUUAUUGAUGGAAAUGACUCUGGACAAAUCUAUGUUAGUAGUACACACUUGAAGGGGUUGUAGGUUUGCUAAAUAUUUGCUUUCACUCUGGAUCAGCUAAAAUGUAAAAUCACAUGAUGUUUAACGGGUUUUGUCAAGUUAACUUUAGGAGAGGAUCUUUUCUUGAAGCAAGUGACAAUAAGGAAGAUGCCAACAUGGAAAGAAUUUCCAGAAGGGAUAAUUGAGGCGAACAGUUAUUAGACAUAGUGUUUCUACUUUGAUGUAUUGGGUGAUAUCAUUGAAUUUUUAUAUCAGAUGCUGGAUAACUCUUUCACUCAAGUAAGCUUAUCGGAUCCUCCCCGCUUACUUCUGUAUCUCUUGACUGACAGAAGCUCUAUAUUGGUGAUUUCUAUCUAUAUUAGCAUAUAUAGAUAUUGUAUACCAAAAUUUAUUCCUUUUGCGUUGAGUUUCAUGUUAGGUAAUAGCAAGUUUUAGACUAUAGAUCGAUCUAUGGACCUUAACUCCCAUGUUUAAUGUAUCUGAACAUUGUUAUAUGUUAUAUCUUUUUCUUUUUGUUUAUUUUUUAAAUAGAAAAGUAUAUGAUGACAGCAGAACAUGGUAUGAUCUAAUUGAAGCAACUAAGCAAAGUGCCCUUUAAUGUUGCUUUUGAACUUGAGGAAAACACUUACACUAAUGAUAUUAUUACCUGCAGCUCCUGCUCAGAUGUGAGAGCAACACACUUAUCCAUGUCAUUGUUGCCUGGGAGGCAGAAAGCCUCUGUGAAACUUGAGAAGGAUGAGACCAACAUCCUGACGAAAUCUCAGAUAGAUAUUUCAAUAGCAAGGUUAAGGUCCAUGACUCCACAACAGCAAGGUUAAGCAGCUGCAGUUGCUGCUCGAGCAGUUGAGGAAGCAGAAGCUGAAGAGGCAGCACGAUAGGCAGUGGUUGCAGUAGCAUUUUCAGAAGCUGCAAUGAAAAGGAGAAACAGCCCAAAGGCCAUGGGGAAAGACACUGAUAACACUGAUUGGAAGUGGUAGGAUGCUCUGCUCAUGCCUGAAGAUAUUAUCAGGGUCUUCUCUGUCUUCAUCAAGGGGUUAUCUUCCAUCAACAAUCUUUGCCACAAUCCUUCAAGCCAAGUUUCUGGUAUGGGUUCUCAAAAUCCUUUAAAGUUCCACAACUUCAGAUCUGAUCUUGAAUGGAAAUGAUCAACUGAAUGGAGAAAAGGGUCAGUGUAGCAAUGUCAGAAAGAUACAUUCAGUGCCUCCUAUUCAGUUUAAGAGCUAAGAGUUGCUCUAAACACAGAGAGAUCACCUAGUCCAGAAUUAGGUGAUUCUUGAGUUUCUUCUUGGAUUUUAGAAGAAAAAUAGGAGACAAUGCGGCAGUCGAACCCUUGAUUCAUAUUGGAACUAGAUAGAUAUGUUAGUUUAUGUCUUCUCCAAGAGGUAAAGUAUAAUCUGGUUUUUUUCUCUAUUCUUUUUAUAAGAAGAAGCUAUUAAAUAUUGUUUCA